ACUCAGCCGGUAGCCAUUCGCCUUAGCCGCCAUGAAACGGGACAACUCAGGAAACAACCAAGAUGGUCCUCCGUCAAAAUUCCAACGUUCUUCCGUUGAUUUAACAAAUGUUUCCAUCAGAUUUCUUAUUCCUGGGAGGGCUGCAGGGAUAAUGAUUGGGAAGGGUGGGGAAAAUAUCAAAAAAAUUCGAUCACAGGUUUGUUCUUUCAUAAUUCAUUUAGUGACUUGCUCAAUCGCUGUUUUGGCACCAACUGACUCGAUUCUUUGUUUUAUAUUCUUUACGGUUCCUCCACCUUCCGGACACUUACUCGCUGAAUCUGGUCAAUCUCCUCUGAUAACCCAAUGGUUUGGGUUGGUACCACAUGCCUGCCUUAUUCUCAAACUGAUGACUCUGGCUCACUGAAACCGGCCCUGCUUUAUCCCAUUUAUUGUCUCAGUAUAACGUCAAGCUGAAUAUUCCCGACAGCAGAGGCCCUGAACGGUAGGGUAACCCAGAAACUUAAUGUCACCUUGAUGUCUAUUCGGUCGAUUAAUUAGUUUGCCUAAAUUGUUAUUUUCAUGUUUUUGGUUCAUUAAUGUAUUUGUAAAGCCCUUUUUGGAUAUGAUUUGCAAAGUCAUUCCUGACUGCUUAACUACCAGCUAACCCACGAGUUACUGUUGUAACUGGAAACCCCAGUGACUUAGUCAUUCAUUGAAUUCUAUUGUGUAAAAAUCUAGACAAGUUUUGAUGAUAACCCUCAGACGGUUGUCUAGUUCUCCGAGCCCUCCACGACUGUCACUAUAUGGAAGGGUGUCAUGAGCUUCGUUAUACGAUUAAAGUUUUUGUUUUCUUCCUUCUUUCCCAUCCUAACUUGCUUUUUCUCCGAUAGGAUAAUGACUAUCGAAGGUGACCUGCAGGCUAUCUGCAGCAUCAUGCGCGAUGUUUGUCCGAAACUGAAGGAUAUAAUGAAUGCCAAACUUUCCGACCCUAAACGCAUAAUGGGUGCCCAAGGAUCUCGACGCCGCCCGAGACGAAGUGAAGAUCCAGAACGAGAUGAUGAGGAAGACGAAAACAUGAUUGACUUCAGAAUAUUAGUGCACGAAAGCCAAGCUGGGUCUGUAAUCGGUCGAGGCGGUGAACGUAUUAAGGACCUUCGUGAUAAAUACAAAAUGCGUGUUAUCAAGGUGUACCAGAUGUUGGCUCCGUUAUCUACUGACCGAGUUGUACAGAUGGUUGCUGACCCAGACAAUGUCGUCCAAUGUUUGAGAGCUGUGAUAGAAGCAGUAGAGUCUGCUCCUCCUCGUGGUCGCCGUGAGGAUUAUGACGCUGCCAACUUCAGUGAGGGUGAUGCUCUCAACUAUGGCGGUUGGUUGUCUCGAGAAGCUGCAGCAGCACUCGCUCAAGGGAUGCCUCUCCGUGGACCUGGGUGCAUGCCGCCGAUGGGUUAUAACAUGGGAGGUCCGUACAUGAUGGGUGGUGGAGACAUGGGGCCGAUGGGUGGCGGUAUGGGCCCUAUGGGAGGAGGGAUGGGACCAGGUGGAGGAAUGGGUCCUAUGGGCGGCGGACCGGUUCCCGGAGGUCGUGGUAGAGGACCUCGCUCUGGUGGCGGAAUGAUGAGUGGAAGCGCGCCUCUCGCUCAAGGCCAGCGAGGAAUGAUGGGCUCUUCAGGCCCAGCACCUGUCCCCCCUCCUGCCGGUCGUAACAACUCUAUGGGUCCUCCAGGUGGUUAUAGUAGUUCCGCAGACGGAGGCUACGGUGGUCAAGGUGGAUAUGACGGGUCAGGAGGAUUCGACAACGGAGUAUACGGAGGCAUCGACCAAACUGGACAGGGAGGAUUCAGCGGCCCUGGAUACGGUGGAUCAGGCAACAUGGCUUCUGGAGGUUACGGUGGGUCUGGGUAUGGUGGAAGCCAGCGUGGAUCGGCUGACAUGGCAGGUGGUCAAAGGUAAGUCAUUUCAUGUAAUACUACGUAACGCAACACUAAACGACCAAAACUCGUGAGAGUUUAAGUAGUUUAUAGGAAUUAGGAUCCAGCUGUGUACCUCAGGGUUGACUACGUAAAAGGAACUCGCCCCGAGCUAUUGUUCAACUUAGUUCGGAAAUCAUACACGCGGUAACAGCUGGGGGACCAUCGUUGUUUUUGGGACCUCGGCCAACCGUCAGAUGCUCCACUGUUGAAUCAGCCGGUCUGUAACAAUCCACAUAGUUGCUAAGAAUAGCCGCCCUAGGUUGUAAGGAGUACGCUUCAAAUUAAUUUCUACAGAACGGGGUUGCCUAUAUUGAAGUGUACCCACUGGCAAUGCUGGCUGUGAAUGGAGUUCCGAGAGGUAUCAGGGUUCGUCGUGGGCGGAGAGACUACUUGUGGUGGGUCUGAAAUUCAAACUUCGACUCACCCACAUCGGUUCGGGCAACCGAGUGGUACCAAUAGUCGUAACAAAAAUGGUGUGGCUCAAGGCCCGCCACAUGGUCCUGUAUUACUAGUGUGUCGGACUGAAGCAGAGAAGGCGGUACUUGCCGUAACCUAGCUACUGCAGAGUUGGAUUAUUGUUUACUCCCUCGUUCCGAGAUCACAAUCUUUUCCUAACAAAUGUUUGUUUUCCUUGUAGUGCUUCCCGUGGCGGCACCUAUGGUGGGUAUGGAAGUAUGGGAUCUGGAGAGCAUGUUGGAGGCAAAGCCAGCCAGUGGUAUGGCGGAUGGUCUUAAACAUUUACUUGCAUUUAAUUUCAGUAAAAUAUACCUGUU